GACGCCGCUGGCUCCCCACUGGGUAGACGACAGAAGCUCCGGGACCCUUCCUGCACCUCCGGGCGGCCCAGGAUGCUGCCGGCCAUCCUCCUCCUCCUCCUCUUCCUCCCGGGAGGCGCUCUGGCCCAUGCAGACCGGAUCAUCUUCCCAAAUCCCGAUGGGAAACUGAAGCCCAUUGUAGCUUGUGAGGCACCCCCAGCAGUUCUCUUGGAAGUGCAGGGCACCUUACAGAGGCCCCUGGGACGAGAUAGCCGCAACUUCCCUGCCAACUGCACCUGGCUUAUCCUGGGCAGCAAGGAGCAGACUGUGACCAUCAGGUUCCAGAAGCUGCACCUGGCCUGUGGCUCAGAGCGCUUAAUUCUACGCUCCCCUCUCCAGCCACUGAUCUCCCUAUGUGAAGCACCUGCCAGCCCUCUGCAGCUUCCAGGGGGCAAUGUCACCAUCACCUACAGCUAUGCAGGGGCCAGAGCACCCAUGGGCCAGGGCUUUCUACUGUCUUACAACCAAGAUUGGCUGAUGUGCCUGCAAGAAGAGUUUCAGUGUCUGAACCACCGCUGUAUACCUGCAGCGCAGCGUUGUGAUGGGGUCGAUGCCUGUGGUGAUGGCUCCGAUGAAGUAGGUUGCAGCUCAGAUCCAUUCCCUAGCCUGACCCCAGCACUCGUCCCCACCCUUCCCUGCAAUCUCACCUUGGAGGACUUCUAUGGGGUCUUCUCCUCUCCUGGAUACUCACAUCUGGCCUCAGUUUCCCACCCCCAGUCCUGCCUGUGGCUGCUGGAUCCCCAUGAUGGCCGGCGGCUGGCGGUGCGCUUCACAGCUCUGGACUUGGGCUAUGGCGAUGCAGUGCAUGUGUAUGAUGGUGCUGGGCCCCCCGAGACCCCAAGGCUACUACGAAGUCUCACGCACUUCAGCAAUGGCAAAGCUGUCACUGUGGAGACGCUGUCUGGCCAGGCUGUUGUGGCCUACCACACAGUGGCUUGGAGCAAUGGUCGGGGCUUCAAUGCUACCUACCACGUGCGGGGCUACUGCUUGCCUUGGGACCGACCCUGCGGCUUGGGCUCUGGCCUGGGGGCUGGAGAAAGCCCAGGUGAGCGCUGCUACAGUGAGGCACAGCGCUGCGAUGGCUCCUGGGACUGUGCUGAUGGCACAGAUGAGGAGGACUGCCCCGGCUGCCCAGCUGGACACUUCCCCUGUGGAGCUCCCGGCACCCCUGGUGCCACAGCCUGCUACCUGCCUGCUGACCGCUGCAACUACCAGACAUUCUGUGCUGAUGGGGCAGAUGAGAGACGCUGCCGGCACUGCCAGCCUGGCAACUUCCGAUGCCGGGAUGAGAAGUGUGUGUACGAGACGUGGGUGUGCGAUGGGCAGCCAGACUGUGCCGACGGCAGUGAUGAGUGGGAUUGCUCCUACGCCCUGCCCCGCAAGGUCAUCACAGCCGCAGUCAUCGGCAGCCUAGUGUGCGGCCUGCUGCUGGUCAUCGCCCUGGGCUGCACCUGCAAGCUCUAUGCCAUUCGUACCCAGGAGUACAGCAUCUUUGCACCUCUCUCCCGGAUGGAGGCCGAGAUCGUGCAGCAACAGGCACCCCCUUCCUAUGGGCAACUCAUUGCCCAGGGUGCCAUUCCACCUGUAGAAGACUUCCCUACAGAGAACCCUAGUGAUAACUCUGUGCUGGGCAACCUGCGUUCUUUGCUACAGAUCUUGCGCCAGGACAUGACUCCAGGGGGUGCCUCAGGUGGCCGCCGCCGCCAGCGGGGCCGUUCAGUGCGUCGUCUGGUUCGCCGGCUCCGCCGCUGGGGCCUGCUUCCUCGAGCAAAUCCCCCAGCCCGGGCCUCUGAAACCAGACCGCAGGUCACACCUGCUGCUGCUCCCCUUGAGGCCCUGGAUGAUAGCACAGGUCCAGCCCAUGAGGGUGGUGCAGCAGGUGGGCAGGAAGGGGAGCAGGCCCCUCCACUGCCUGUCAAGUCCCCAUUCCCACCUGCCAGCACAUCUUCAGCCCUCCCUACUAUCUCUGAAGCCCAAGGGCCACUACCCUCAGUGCCCCUAGAGCCAUCACUAUUGUCUGGAGUGGUGCAGGUCCUGCGAGGCCGCCUCCUGCCCAACCUGUGGUCCCCAGGACCAACCUGGACCCCUCCUGGACCCAACAUGGCAGUCCUGGCUCCAGAGGAUGAGGAUGAUGUGCUGCUAAUGCCACUGGCUGAGCCAGGGGUCUGGGUGGUCGAGGCAGAGGAUGAGCCACUGCUUGCUUGACGGCAACCUGGCUUCCCUUGGGGCUCUAGUCAAAGUGGCACAACCUUGGCUCAGCUUCUCUGUUGAUCUGUGUAGUGGCUAGAAAGUUAGGUGUUCCUCAGGCAGGGACAGGGCUCUUUAUUAGCCCCCUCUGUAUAUGGCCAGAAUCACAGUCCCACACCACCACCCUCUCCCCAUCCCACCACUAUCCAGGUGGCUUUAAAAAAUGUAAAGUUCUUAAAGGGUCAUAGGCCUGGACACUCCAUACGUGCCAAACCCUACCCAAAAGUGACCUUAAGAACCAGAAUGCCAGUAGACUGGAGACCCCCCAGCCCCUAAAUGGAGGUUUUGGGCAGGGUCUGAGGUUUUGCCAACCUCUAUCCCCAAAGUCCCAGCUCACAAGGGCUUAUGUCCCAUAGCUAGGUCAUUGCCCAGGAAAUCAAAAUUAAAAAAUAAAAGGACUGUGGCCCCAUGGUAGAGUGCUUGCCUAGCAUUCAUGAGGCCCUGGGUUCAACCCCCAGCACCACAAAAAUAUAAAAUAAAGGAAUCCUAAAUUUUAACAUUUUGCAAAUUAGAUGUGAGCCUGAACUCUGCCUUUGCCCAUCUCCAGUUAUGCUCACCUUACCUUGAUCUUCCUUGUAGAGAGGCCUUGGGUCAGCCCUGCUGCCCUCUUCUUAGUCUUUCAACCACUCCUGAUUUUUAUACUGCUCAGAAGGUAAGAAAAUUCAGGGAACCCUAAGGACCAACCCUGUCCUCCACUCACUGCUGGGGCCUAGCCCUAGAGUGGCUGACACCAGAGGUAAGCCACCUCCCUCUUUAUUAGCAGCAGGCUAGAAGUUGGGGAGCAGGUUGGUCCCUACAGCCAGGAAGGCUCCCAUUUAUGAAGUAGUGUCAGCACAGAUCACAGGAGCAGACUGUCCCUGGAGGAUCAGCCUCCUGCCCUCCACCCCCACCAGGCACUUAACAGUCUGUCCUUUGCAAGACAGAUGAACUCUCAGCCCAGCCCCCUCAAAGCUGGCAAAGAUUAGUUGAGGGAAAAGUAACAUUCAGAAUAUGAAAGUGCUAGCAUCACCACGGCCAAAUCCAAGAGGUCUCCUUGGAAGAGGGCCCAAAAUAAAUUCUUAAGAAUGCUGUCAGGGGCUGCUGGCAGAGUGCCUCAAGUGGUAGAGCUCCUGCCUAGCAAGCGUGAGGCCCUGAGUUCAAACCCCAGUA